GGGAGCACUACAAAAGACGAAUGUGCGAGCGCAUCUUUGGAUAUGUCGAAAUCUAAUAUAAAGUAAGUUUUCGUUUACUAUAGUGGCAGAACGCUAAAACGAACAGAAGAAAAAAGAUGGCCGCCGAUAGGCUGCCAUGAAGGGGCUGCGCCGCUCAUGCUCGUGGAAAUGGGACGUUGCGACAUCAAAGUGUCACCGUUGUGCUCGUGAAGUGUCACAAAGUGUUCACGAAGUGACGUGAAGUGUUUUGUGUUGCUCGGACUGCGGAUUGAUUCUCCGGGAUGGCAUUCGAUGGUAGAAUGGAAUGGGUGGAGAUUAUAGAACCUCGUACCAAGGAGCAUAUGUAUGCUAAUCUUAUUACUGGAGAAUGUGUAUGGGAUCCUCCACCUGGUGUACCAGUGAAAAAGACAGAUAAUAAUCAGUGGUGGGAAUUAUUUGAUCAAAAUACUUCAAGAUUUUACUACUAUAAUGCAACAUCCCAGAAAACUAUAUGGCACCGUCCAAGCGAUUGUGACAUCAUACCUUUGGCAAAGCUUCAGACAUUAAAGCAGAAUACUGAACCAGCAAGUAACAGUGGAAAUGAUACACAGAAAUCAACCGAGCCAAGAAAGAAAGAAUCUGUAUCAACGCAGACACAAACUCCCUCUGUUAGUCGAUUAGCAAGGUUUAAUCAUCAAGAAAGUUCCAAUUUAUCUUCUUCGUUGCAAAGUGGUAGUGUAAAUAAAACAAGAACAUCCAGUGUUGGUGUGGACCUUCAAACGUCUCCUCCUUCACCAUCUCCAUCUUCAAGACGACAUCACCAUCAUCAUCAUCAUCACAAUAAUAGACAUCAUAGGCAUCAUGAAGUGCCCACAGCACGUCGUCAACAUAAUCAUUCUCAGGAUUCUGGACGCUCUAGUGACAGUUCUGUCUCUCACAGCCGUACAUCCUUGGAAUCGACUGGGUAUCGAUUACUGGACUCUCCGCACCGACAUCAUCAUCGUUCCGUUGUUCAGACGCCAGCAAGUCAAGCACAAUCUUCGCCCAGACAACACAGCGGUACAUUGGAAGCUAGGGGACAUAAGAGUGGCACUCUGGAAAGCGUGAAGAAUCAGAAGUCGGUACCGCUGGGCGAGCCACCACCGUUAGGUUUGUCGCUCUCAACUAGUACUCCCCUUUUUAAGAAGAAGACAUUUGUUGACUCGCAACGCGAGGGUAGAGCAGGAAAUUUAGAGUUGGAAAAGAAUAAAAAUGGUAGAGAAAGUAGUAGAGGUUCGUAUGGUCCUGAACCAAGUACUUCGCCAUAUCGUGAUUCACUAAUGGAGUCUAGAAUAUUUAGGCAAGAGAUGCCUCCGUACCGUCCGCCAGAAGUUCAAUUGAGUCAUAGUUAUAAAUCACAGGGUGAGAAGUAUGGCUCCCUGGUGGAAAGUUUAGACAAAACAAAUACUUCAGCCUUUUAUCCAAGUUCCAUGCAUCCACGUAAUAUGAAUAAGCAAGAUAAUACUGGUAGUAUAGGAAGAAGGCAUCAUGGAUGUUCAGUGUCGCUUUCGGAAGCGAACGUUAGGGAUAUGUACGGUGCGAUGUUAGCUGAAAGAAACGAACCGUCUAAGAGCCUGGUAAGGGGGGCAGGUGUUCUGAGCAAUGCGUCGAAGCAAAGAAGUCUCGAAGUUGCAGAACGAGAAAGAGAACGUGAGCGUGAUAGAGAGAAAGAGUAUAGAAGAAACACAGCGUGCAAUAAUUCCUUGGAUUGUGUGCCGCAGGUACUGGCUCGCAGUUACAGUUUUAUACAGCAACAAAAGCAGCAACAGAAGUUACAACAACUGCAUCAACAACAACAACAGUCAAGAAGAAGAGAUAGGGAUGAUGAUUCUAUGCACGAGCGUUAUCUUAUCAGUCAAAGUCUCGAGCAACCUAGACAAAGGCUUAGUAGUAACACUAGCAGUAGCAAUAGCAGUAAUAGUAGCAGUAAUAGUGCAGUAGGUGAAGAAACAGAGGGAUUGACGGAAGGUGAUGAUAGUAAAAAGAAGAGAAGCAACGGCAAUCCGAGUCCGCCUCCAUCUCCGUUUUACGGAAAUCUGUUAUCUGACGCCGAUCACUUGUUGCCACUUCAGCAUUACAUUAUUCAGCAAGCGAAACUCUCAGGUUGUUACAAGUUCGGAGAUCCUUUGUUAGUAGAAGAAGGUGAUGAUUCUUUGGAUGAAGAGGGUGGAAGAGGCGAAGGUAUUGGUGGAAGAGCUGACGAUGAUUCUGACGAUCAAUUUGCAGAUGAUGAAGCAGCGAGCAACCAAGGUGAUUCUUCCAGUCAAGAAUACCUUGAAGAUCACUAUGCAGAUUUGGGUAAUUAUGACACUGCGGGAUUAGCGACUUAUUAUAACACCGCGGACACAUUGACAAGGCCACAAGUACGGCCGCCAUCGCCACCGAAUAUUCCUUCGCAGGCAGAAACACGAGAAACCGUGAUAGCGGCUAUAAGACAACCACCAAUUCUACCGUCUACCACAAUAAGUUCUGUUCCUACUGUUGGCAGCGUUGUCGACAACACCGACAUCGAUGAAGCGAGACGAGAUGACGGUGCAGGCGGCGGUGAUAUCGAGAAAUACGCACAAGACAAUCUCAAUUUAAAUUGCGGACGACCAAAAGGGCUAAGAUUAUUGUUCCGGAAGAAGUUUAGCGUCCGAGACAUUCUUAGCUGGUCUAAAGAUCCGAUACCACAGCCUAUGCUGGUAGUUGUGGAUGGUGAAAAGUUACUGAAACGGGAAGCCUGUAACUUGUUUAGGUUGGUGCAAGUGUAUAUGGGUGAUCGGAAAACUAACGUAGGAAUGACAUUAGACAGUGUAGCUAUGGACAUUGUGAAUACAGCAUAUUCAAAGCCACCGUUGCGGGAUGAACUAUAUGUCCAGAUUUGUAGACAGACCACAGAGAAUCCACGGAAAGAAAGUUUGCGCAGAGGCUGGGAAUUGAUGGCCGUCUGUCUAGCAUUUGUACCGCCUAGUGCUACAUUCGAGCCUUACCUCGAAGGUUAUAUGAACAGGCAUCGUGAUCCAAAUUUUCAGUUCUCGGAAGUGGCCAAAUGGCCAAUUCAUGUGCAAGUUAGUCAUUAUGCAACCGUCGCCUGCCGUCGUUUACAACGAAUUGGAGCACAUGGUAAACGGCAACCACGCAAGGCUACCAUGGAAGAUAUUGAUCAAGCAAGACUUCAAAUAUUCCGAGCGUCCAUGUUUGGAGCGACGCUCUCUGAAGUGAUGGCUCUGCAAAGAGAUAGAUUUCCAAAUCGAGAGUUACCAUGGAUACAAACUACGUUAACGCGCCAGGUAUUGGCACGGGGCGGUAUCUUGACGGAGGGUAUUUUCAGGGUGUCCGCGGACGCGGACGAAGUCAGUGCUUUAAAGGCGUGCUUGGAUAAGUUCGAGGAUAGUACAAUUUUGGCAGCUUCGCAAGAUGCUCAUGCACCUGCUUCUUUAUUGAAACUAUGGGUUCGAGAGCUUUAUGAGCCGUUGAUACCUGAUUCCUUCUACACGGAAUGCGUAUCGAUGAGGCACGACGAUGCCGAAGCUUCUGCAGCCAAUGUUGCCGCGCUUGUAGAUCGACUACCUGACUUGAAUCGUCGCGUUCUUUGUCACCUAAUACGUUUCCUUCAGAUUUUCGCCAGACCUGAUGUUGUUGCCCGUACUAAAAUGGAUGCAAACAAUUUAGCAAUGGUGAUGGCACCAAAUAUAUUGCGGUGUACCUCACAAGAUCCUCGCGUGAUCUUGGAAAAUGCACGAAAAGAAAUGGCUUUUGUUCGUACUCUUAUCGAGUCAUUAGAAACUGCUUGGGUCGAUGAUCUUCACUGACCAUUCUAUUGCGCGCUAGAAGAAAGAACGCUCUAGACUACUAUGCCAAAUGAAUCAGCUAUAUAUUCACAUGUAUUGUUAGUUAUUUCACUGUUCUCUAUUAUCUUUCACCUUUGUUUUUUUUUUAUCAUUAUCACACGAUGCCCCAUAGACUCAUGGAUGUUCGUAAUGGUAAUUUAGUGCUAAAGUCUUACCAAGCUAAUCACCAAUCCUGCUCCUCGUUUCCUAUUUAUUAUUUAUAUGCAGAUUAUAUGUUAUACAGAUAGAGAUUAUUAGAUUAUAUUAUGUAUAUCGCUAUAUAUUCAUAUUAUAUAUUUUACCAACCCUUGUUACCGCGUUGACCAAACGCGGACGGCUUUUUUACUCAAUCACUGUUGAAUCUCGUGUAAGAUAAAAAUCAUGUGUUACCGUGUAUAGCUGCACUCC